CUGAUAUUAAUAGAAGUGAUCUAAAUGACAAUAGUAAAUAUGCUAAAAAGGAAAAACAAGUUGAUCACAAAGCACCUAUCGAUGUUGAUGAAAGGUCAGUACUUGAUGAAAUCUCCAAAACUCAAGAUACAACUACUCCCACUAAUAAUAGAACUGGAGCCUAUAAAUUUAAAAAUAGAAAACAUGUUGAUCACAAUACAUCUAUCAAAAGUGAUUCAAAUAAUAAUAAAAAAAAUAUUGAAUCAGCACUUAAUAUUGAUGAGAUACAAGAUACAACAUCUUCUACUAAUAAUAGAACAAAAGGCCACAAGCCUAAGAAAGGAAAAAAUCUUGAAAGUUCAAAAAAACUUGAUAAUGAUCUGCAAA